GUAGGGGCCGGACGACCACUCGAUGAGGGCUCGGAAAGUAAACCCGCCACUACUCACCAUUAUGUCAAUCCAAACUUCUCCCAAAUGUAUAAAAAAAGUCUCACCAGACCCUACACACAUUCUACUUCCAAUGUAAUCCCACAUCAAUACCAAUUCCGCGCUAAAAUCACCACAAUGCCAACCCAAACCCCCAAGUCCAUGAAAGCCAUAACCUGGGAAGGCAAGCCUUUCCACAUGGCCCUAAAAGACACACCCGUCCCUGAACUAAAACACUCCUCCGACGUCCUGGUCAAACUCACAACCAUCGCAAUCUGCGGCACAGACCUCCAUACCUACCGCGGCCUCGCAGGCAGCAAAACCCCACCCUGGAUAAUGGGCCACGAAGGCAUCGGCAUCGUUGCCCAGGUUAACCCUGGCGUUAAAACACUAAAAGUCGGGGACAAGGUUGUCGUUGGCCCGAUCUCAUGCGGCUACUGCGAGAACUGCGUCCGCGGCAAAUGGGUGUAUUGUCUGACGUUUCAUCCGGAGACGUUGAUUGAUAUUCAGGGGUUGGGGGAUGAUUUCGGUGUUGGGUUGGGGGGAACGCAGGCGGAGUUUAUUAGGGUGCCGUUUGCGGAUUCGUCGUGUUUUCAAAUCCCACCCAAUGGGACUGAAUAUGAUGGAGAUAGGGAUAUCGAUUAUGUCUUGUUGUCGGAUAUUUUUCCGACGGCGUGGAAUGGGCUUAGCAGCUCUGGCUUUGAGCCUGGUGAUUCAGUCGCUGUCUUUGGCGCGGGGCCGGUAGGUCUCCUCUGCGCGUACUCUGCUAUCCUCCGCGGUGCGAGCAGAGUCUACUCAGUUGACUACGUCCCCUCCCGCCUUGACAAAGCAAAAUCUAUCGGCGCGAUCCCAAUCAACUUCAAAGACUCCGACCCGGUGCAACAAAUCCUCACGCUUGAACCACCCAGCCACCCCAACGGCACAGAUGCCGGCGUCCGCCGCACCUGCGACUGCGUCGGCUUCGAAACCUUCAACUCCCAACUGCAACGCGAACCCGGCAUCGUCAUCCGCAACUGCAUAGACCUUACCCAACCAACCGGUGGAAUCGGGAUCGCUGGCGAGUACACGCCUCCUGGAUUGGGGCCGGCACCGGGGGCACCGCUGGCGACUGGGAAGGAAGGGGUGUUUGAAGUUUCUGUUGGGACGCUUUGGACGAAGGGUCUUUCAGUUGGGAGCGGGGUUGUGCUGUUGAAGGAGUCGCAGUUUGUGUUGAGGGGUUUGGUGGAGAGGGGGGUUGCAAGGCCGGGGGUGGUUGUUGAUGAGAUUUUGUAUGGGUUGGGUGGGGUGACGGGAGCGUAUGAGAGGUUUGAGAAGAGGGAGGUUGGGAAGGUUAUUGUUCGGCUUGGGCAUGGUGAGCAGUGAAGUUUAGGAUGGUUGUACGG